AUGGUCGUCGAAAUUCGUCCAUCGGCAUCAGAUUUUGCGAGGCUGGGUAGUGUUGCUCUCGCCUCCAGCGCUUUCGCUUAUAAGAGCACAUAUAAAUCGAACACUGCAGUUGCUGCUACUACAACCACCGGCGCUACAACCGCGGCGGCGGGCGCGGGGUGCGCGGCGUCGGCGCUGGAGGGGUUCGCGUGGUCGGCGGCGCUGGGGUCCACUGGACUCACGCUGCAUUGGCGCGCAGUGGACUCGUCGCGCCUCGCCUUGGCGCUGGAAGCGGCGGGCGGCAGCGCGGCGGCGGCGGGGUGUUUCGCCGUGGGGUGGUCGGCGACGGGCCGCAUGGCGGCGUCCGACGCCGUGGUGGGCAAUCUGGCGGGCGGCGCCGCCGUCCAGGCGGUGUACAUGAGCGGCACGGCGCAGAGCGACGUUCAGCCCACAAGCAGCUUCGAUAUCGGCAACGCGCAGCUCGCCACGUCACCCUCGGGAUCCACCAUUCUCACGUUCAACCGCACGGCAGGAGACGGGUCGGUGCCGGUGAGCGUGCAGGGCAGCAACACGCUCGUGUGGGCGCACUCCGCCGAUGGCUCGCAGUCCCUCGGCUUCCACGGCGACUAUGAUGGCGCGCUGCAAGUGGACUUCGCGUGCUCCUCUGCCUCGUCCGGAGGGGGAGGGGGUGGCGGCACUGGUGGGGACGCGGGGGGAGGCACUGGCGGAGGUGGGGGCGACUAUGGGGGUGACUACAACGGGGGGAACAACGGGGGUGAUUACAGUGGUGGUAACGGCGGCGGUGAUUAUAACGGGGAGAAUGGAGCGGACUAUAACGCGGGAGGUGGCAGCGGCGGUGGGGGGAGUGGUGGCGGCGGAGGUAGCAGUGGUGGGGGGGUAGGAGGCGGAGGAAGGGGAGGCGGUAGGGGGGACUGCAGGAGAGGGCCUGGGGGCGGACAGGGGGGACCUGGUGGCGGACAGGGGGGGCCUGGGGGCGGUCAGGGCGGACCUGGGGGCGGACGAGGCGGGCCAGGGGGCGGGCAAGGGGGGGCUGGUGGGGGACAGGGGGGAUUUGGGGGCGGACAGGGCGGACCUGGCGCUGGUGGGGGGCAAGGGGGAGCUGGGAGCGGACAGGGGGGAAGUGAGGGCAGCAACGGUGGUGACUACAGCAAUGGGGGGAGCUACAGCGGCGGAGGCAACACAGGCGGACAAGGUGGUUUCUACAGCGCUGCAGGAGGAGGAGGAGUGGGGGGGGCUGGUGGUGGUGGUGCUGCUGGUGGGGGCUGUGGGGGAGGGCAAGGGCAAGGCGAGGGACCUGGGGGACAGGGGGGAGCUGGGGGAGGGCAGGGCGGACCUGGGAGCGGGCAGGGGGGAGCUGGAGGCGGGCAGGGCGGACCUGGGGGUGAUUAUGAUGGGGGGAGCAAUGGCGGGGACUACGGUGCUGGUAAUGGCGGUGGUGACUAUAGCGGGGGGAAUGGAGGGGACUACAACACUGGCGGUGACUAUAGCGGGGGGAACACUGGAGGAGGCUAUGGUGGUGGCAAUGGUGGUGACUAUAACGGGGGCAGCAAUGCUGACUACAGUGGGGACUAUAGCGGAAGGAUGGGCGGCAGUCAGGGCGGCCCAUCUGGGGGUGUGAGUGGCGGGGGAGGCAUGGGCGGUGGUGCUGCUGGCGGUGGCAUGGGAGGGCCUGGGGGGAUGGGAGGGGGCGGGGGAAUGGGAGGGCCUGGCGGCAGCAUGGGCGGCGGGGGGGGGAUGAGGGGAGGGGGGGGUAUGGUUGGAGGUGGAGGCAUGGGAGUGGGAGGCAUGGGGGGAGGUGGGGGGAUGGGGGGAGGAGGCAUGAGGGGAGGCGGCAUGGGAGGUGGCGGCAUGGGAGGAGGCGGCAUGGGAGCUGGCGGCAUGGGAGGAGGCGGCAUGGGAGCUGGCGGCAUGGGAGCUGGCGGCAUGGGAGGAGGCGGCAUGGGAGGUGGCGGCAUGGGAGGUGGCGGCAUGGGAGGUGGCAGGCCUUAA